AUGUGGCGACAUCACGAGAUGACCGAUUUCAGCGAGCGAUCGGCCCGCCGACGGGAAUCGUUUUCCUAUAGAAAAUCAACAACGUUCAACCAACAAUCAUCUGCAACGACAAAAAAAGUUCGAAGGAGAAGGACUAGGAGGUUGCCUGUCCUGCCACUGCCGUUGCAGAUGCUUAAAAGCAGAAGUCAGCCAUGGAAGCGGCAGGAGACGAGGAGAGGCCCUUGCUCCAUCACCUAUCUCCUGAACUCCAUCAGGCAAGAUGGGGAUUCAAGAUACACUAAUGACGGAACAGUUGAUGUUAACGGGCAACCUGCUGUUAAGGCAAGCACAGGAAACUGGAGAGCAUGCUUCUUCCUCUUAGGUGUCCAAUUCAGCGAAUGCUUGGCCUUCUUCGCAAUCUCAAAGAACUUGGUCACCUACCUCACCAGCGUGCUCCAUGAAAGCAAUAUCGACGCGGCCAGAAAUGUGUCCACUUGGUUUGGCACCACAUUCUUUACGCCGCUUAUCGGAGCUUUCUUGGCAGACACGUAUUGGGGGAGGUACAAGACAUUAGUGGUUUUCCUCUCAGUCUACAUCGUCGGGAUGCUUGUUUUGACGGUUUCAACGACACUCCCAUGGAUGAUGCAAUCCUCCAACCACGGUGAGAUUCACCGUAUCACCGUCUAUGUUGGACUGUAUCUUACAGCCCUUGGCAACGGUGGCAUCAAGCCCUGUACCUCCCCUUUUGGCGCUGACCAGUUUGACAUCACCGACACGACAGAGCGGGUGAAGAAGGGUUCAUUCUUCAAUUGGUUCUACUUCUUGAACACUAUUGGCUCCCUUUUGUCGACCACUGUGAUCAUCUGGGUGCAAGACAAUGUUGGGUGGGGGAUCGGCUUUGCGAUCCCCGUGAUCCUCACGAGUCUUAGUUUCAUGGUGUUCAUCGCAAGUAGGAGGAUGUACAGAUACAAGUCAAAAGGAGAAAGUCCCAUGACAACAGCUUCCCAGGUUGUUGUUGCAGCUGCAAGAAAUCGCCAUCUGAAGUUGCCUGAGGAUUGCACAACCUUGCAUUACCCGCCUUCAUCACCAUCGGAGGCUACAUUUAGUGUUCAGCAUACCACUCAGUUCAGAUUUUUAGACAAGGCUGCCAUUGUAUCACCAUCGACACAGGAGAAGAAAGGUGUGGCGACGAGCCCAUGGAGGCUAUGCACACUCUCUCAUGUUGAAGAGGUGAAGAUGCUUCUACGUCUGUGCCCUGCAUGGGCGUCUUUGUUGGUCUUCUUCAUGAUCACGGCACAGAUGUCUUCGACGGUGAUUGAGCAGGGUAUGGCAAUGGACAACCGCGUGGGGUCAUUCGCCGUGCCACCGGCCUCCCUCGCCAGCUUCAAUGUGGUUACCACACUUGUAUUGAUCCCCAUAUAUGAUGUCGUGCUAGUGCCCCUGGCUCAGCGCGCCACUGGCGAGGACCGAGGUCUCACACAACCGCAGCGCCUUGGCGUCGGUCUCACGUUGUCCACUCUCGCCAUGGCUUACCUAGCUCUUCACGAGAGGAACCGUCUCGCAAAGGCCGCGGUCGGGGAAGCAGUGAGCAUUAUGUGGCAGGCACCGGCAUACGCCGUGAUGGGUGUUAGUGAGGUGUUUACGGUCAUCGGCAUGAUCGAGCUCUUCUACGACCGGGCUCCGGACAACAUGAGGAGCCUGUGCACCGCCUUCGGGCAGCUUGCCAUCGCGGCAGGGAGCUACCUCAACUCGGUAGCGCUGGGCGUUGUCGCGUCCGCCACGAUGUGGAUUCCAGAGGACCUCGACAACGGACACUUGGACUACUUCUUCUGGACAAUAGCGGUGCUCAGUGCCUUGAAUCUGUUACAGUUUGUGCUCUACUCUAUGAUGUACAAUGAUAACGCGGAUGAGAACACGAGGAUGUGGGAGGCAACGUGCAUGGCCCAGCAGCCCUCCGGCGAUGACCGGUUGUUCGCCGAACCCCUAAAGAGUGAAAAUGAGGAUUUAAAAGAUUUCAUACAAGUCUUGGAGCUGGAGAACGAGGAGCUUAAGAUAAGAGUGAAGGAAAUUGAAAGUGGCGCAGGUCACUGCCUAAAUGCCGCAGGCCAUGAGCACAUUGCAGGAGAUCUAGAAGCAGUGCUAAGACGAUUGAACCAAGCUCAUGAGGCACUGAUUGCAGACAAGGAUAAGGAAAUUUCAGCACUGAUUGCAGACAAGGACAAGGAAAUUUCUGCACUAAUUGCAGAAAAGGACCUCGUGCGAGAGCAGUUUACGACACUGGAGCGGGACUAUGCUGACCUUCGUAGCUACAGCAGUAAACAGGCAGCACAAGUUACUGAAGCAAAGCAAGAGCUUAAGCGGCUGCAAGUGGCAUCCCAGAAGAAGGAUGAUAAGAUUCACAAACCGCGAGCACGAGCAAAAGCAGUUGAAGCCAAAAGGAAGGUGCUUCCUGAGGAUAAGCGACAGGAGAUGACCUGUAUGCCCAAGGAGACAGAUGGGCAAACUGAAAAAUGCAAAGAUGGGCAGCCUGAGACUAGUGAAAAGUGCAACAAGGAUACGAGUGAGACACACACAAAGAAUUGUUCACAAGGUCCUGGUUUAAGGGGGGAAGAAAUGAAAAUUUGUUCUUCUAAGCAAAUGCUAGCAAAAGAUGGGCAACCUCAGACUAGCCUGAAGCGCAAGUGCGUCACUUCCUCCUUACCAAAUUAUAAUGAGCAGAAUGCAAAUGAUGAGGAAAAGAGUAAUCAAGUUCUAGAGCCUCUCAACAAGAAGAGGGUACCAGAGAAAGGGGAAGUGGAGCAAGAUGACAGUAAGGUCAAACUCGCCAACGGCCUGCCCAGCAGUCGAUGA